CCUCAGGAACCGGAGGGCAGCUCAAUUUAUAAAUUUAUAGCUAUGCCCCAUAUCUCUCUCUCUCUCUCUCUCUCUCAAGCUGGCUAACAGUAAUAGUAACAAUAAUGCAGUUUUAAAAGAGCAAAUAAUGUUUGUUUGUUUGUUUGUUUAGAAUAUUUAUACCCUGCCCCUUCAACAUACUACUGCUUGGGCUGGUUGACAGAAUGAAUAAAUCCACAAUAAAAUAGAUAAACCCUAAAAAACUUAUAAAAUAGGUAAGCAGCAUUAGGAUGUUAAUAAGAGAAACAAUAAAAUAAAUAAAAUAGAUAAACAUUAAUAAAAAUAGAUACACUUCAUAACGUUGAUAAAACAGACACAUCACAACAUUAAUGAAAUAGAUAAACGUCGCAACAUCAACAAAACGUAAGCAAUAAAAACAAAAUAGGGCACCGUACAAUUAAUAAAACAAACAAUUACGAUGUUGAUGACAUAAUGAAUGAAAUAGACAAACCACAUUGCAACGUUAAGACAGCAAACAAUAAGAAUGAAUGACAUUUUUAAAAGCUGAAAGACUGUGCGGAAGCCCCGUGAGUUGGGGUUUCGCCAAUUAUCAUCAUUGGCCAGGAUUCUUUAAUUCGUUAAAGUAAGAAUGUGGCCAUGAAGCUUUCCUCCUCCUCCUCCUCGGCAUCUCCGGGCCUGAAAGCAACCCUCCCCGAAGGCUCCCCGGCCGGCCGGCCUGCCCCUUCCUCCAGCUGGAGGUUGUUUUGCAAACACUGUUAGCGUUCUGCGUUGCCAUGAGAACCGGCCUCUCCAUUCCCCGGAGGGGGAGAUGCCCUCCCAGAGGCCUGCUCUGCCGCACCUGUGGAGCAGUGCCGGCCUCUCCGGGGUCCUCUGGCAGGUGUGCCUGGGUGGGUCUUUUGCUGUGGGGCUCUCUGGGCCUUGAGGUCAGGGAAGCCCCCCUCUCCCCCUCUUGGCCCUCCUGUGCUCUCCCCCUCUCGCCCUGGGUGGCGCAGCCCUCGGGGGCUUAAGAGCAGGGCCAUUGCCCUCUUGCAGAGCUGAGGCAGCUGGUCUCUGGCGAGAGCGUCUUGGGGUCCCCCAGCUGCCGUCAUGGCAGCCAUGGCCGCUCUUGCGCCGAAGCCGGACCCUGUGGCGCGGAAGCCCGCCGCCGGGGCGCUGAAGGCUCUCAAGAAAGACCGCUUGCCGCGGAGGCGCAGCGUCAGCCAGAUCUGCCCCCCGCCCCGGAGGCCGAUGACCCUGGGGGAGCUCUCCCGAGGCGGCGAGAACGAGCGGGUGGGCGUGGUCCGGGAGACGAUGCUCCAGAACCAUCUCAUUGCCAAGCCGGAGGUUGGGAAGCCACGCAGAAGUUGUUACACUCUCCCAGGCUACGCUUUCAACUAUGGGUUAUACCUCCACGGGGUCGACGGAGGUGUGGCUGAAGCCAUCGGCCACUGGAAUGCAAUCAAGCCCAGACCCCCUUCGGCCAAGACGAGGGGCCGUGACUACGUGACCAUGAGCCGGCGGGCCAUCCAGGAGGGCUACGUCACCCCCCACGAGCAGCACUUGUACCGCAAACUCAAGGAGAUCCACCUCAGUGAUGAUGACGAGAGACGCUUCAAGAGGAACCCCCCCAACGUCCCGGCAGACAUGACUUAUGGCAGGCCCGCGCGGCCCUCCACCCCCUUCUUCGACCUGCUUCAGCAUAAAUACAAGGAAAUAUGGUUGGACGAGCAAAGAGCUGUGAUUCAGGCCAAGCAGGAAGAAAAUAAGCAGAAGUCACGCAGAGGGAAAGUGUACGAAACGCGCACGUCUCUGCUCCGGAAGCACCAGCCGCCGAUACCGAUGGUGGGGUUCUGGCAUAUGCCCCACUUCCAGAAGAAGGCCGGUCCACACCUCUCUACCUUCCCCGAUGAGGAGGCUCAGAGGAAGGCGUUUGCGCUUUUCCGUGCAGAGAUCCCCGUGAGGACAGGCCUCUUCGCCCAGGGCCUCUAUACCUCCGCCUAAGUUCGGAAGUAACGGGAGGAAAAAGAAAGGACGAAGCACAUGGGCAGAGGAGGCAUCCUUCAAUUAUGCUCAGCCGCAAUCUAUAACCAUUUGUGUAUGCCUUGUUUGUCUUUGUGUAAUAGAUUAAAUUUAUAAUUUACCCAC